AUGGGGAUUCGUAAAGAUGGUUUGGCAUAUGACGGGGGGACUGUGAGCAAGCAUUAUGAGCCUUUACUGAGCAAGGUCAUUUCUCAUGCUGCCAAUCAUAAGUUAGCCGCUCAGCGAAUGCUACGUUGUCUCCGAGAGUCAAAAGUUCGAGGACUUGAGACGAACUUGAAUUUCCUCAAGAAGCUCAUGACGAACCCGACUUUCAUUGAUGGAGCUGUCACCACUUCGUUUAUUGAAGACAAUCUGUCUCGACUGCUCGACAUUUCUGCACCAAAAAGCAGUGGCUUGAAGUUGCUCCGAUACAUGGCUGAAGUGAAGGUCAAUGGAGCGUUUUCUCCACUUGGUGUGCCUGACGCGAAAGUAUGGCGGGCUACGCCUCAAGUGCCAAAGCUGGCUGGCGGGCCUACACCUGACGGUUUCAAAAGCAUCCUUGAUAAAGAAGGACCAGAUGGAUUUGCUAAAGCUCUACGCAAGCACCAAGGAGUGCUUAUAACUGACACUAUUCAG